GCAACGCUUUUGGUUACUAUAGAGACAAGCAGGAAGUGCUAGGCAGAAAAGGGUCGAUGAUAUUUGUAGUACGGCAAACCUUAUUUCAGAGGUUUUGACAGCUUGUGUUUAAGUCGGGGGUUCGGAGAUCGUGCCAGUAUGCAUUGUUGAGAGUAACAGUUGCACCAUCGUCUCAAAGUACGGACUUUCAUAUGGACCUCAUACCCGGAUCUUCAAGCAUGUGUGAUAACAUGGUAGCUUGUUCAAUUAAGGCUCCAGUAAGUUUACAGAUUGGCAAUAUGUUUACAGAUGCAGCAAACCCGGGGGUCUUGGUAAUUGAUGCUGUCUCCCCAGAAUGCACAUCAUUUAAUUUGCAAGAAAUAUCAUUCAAGAACAAUUACACAGCUUUUCUAAUGGUACGACUUCAUAAACAAGAUCCCAACUCUCCAGGCAAUGUAAAGUGGGUGACUUGUCUGCGCAAUUACCAGUUAAUGCCCUGUCCUCAUACUGAAGAAGGGGCUCAGGAUUAUUUCUCAAUCAGUAGACAACAGAUGCUCAUCGAGCCUGAUAAUAUCACUGCAGUACGCCUGAUUCUGCGACAGCCUUCUUCAGUCUGGUUAAAUUUUGGCCUGGAAGAUAUAAGGAUUUCAGAAACUGGCAAAGAAGAUUCAGAAAAGACUCUUCCAUCAUGGCUUUCCAGUUUGACUCCUGUAGGGCAGGCUCCAAAAUGUCAAAAUGCAAUUCCUGAUCCUGAUAAAAUAUCAUCCAGCAUUCAGCAGAUGUGGGCCUUAACAGAAGUCAUGCAGUCUAGUAAGACAACAGCAAGAGUUGGACGGUUUGAUGUUGAUGGCUGCUAUGACAUCAACUUGCUCUCCUACACAUGAAUGUGAGUGGCAUCUUUAUCAUACAUGGUAUUUUAAUCCACCUAAGAAAACAAUGGACGACAUGAAUUUGAAGUCUCUUCUUUUUAACCCUAUAAUACCAUUUCAAUGGAGUAUAGCAUGUAUUUUCUCCUGAUUUGUGUCCAUACUGCCUUUGAGGUGAUCUUAAACCAAAGCAAAAUUCAUUAUUGUAUUUAUAAAUAUUACCUUCCGGCUAGAAAAUAUUUCUCUGUUUUUUUUUUUGUCUAACUGUUUGUUUGUUUGAGUAUGUACGUAUGUGAUUCAAUUUAUUGUUACACUCCCAAUGUGCUAAAUGAUUAUGACAAUGUUCUUCUUUGUAUUUGCUCUCUGUGAAAUAAAAAAUUGUACCCAA